AAUAUUUGGAUAGAUAUCGGUGGGCACUACUGUAACUAUGACCAAUUGGACAAAAACAGUUGGCGGGAACAUUUCCCGCGCCCAAUAGACACACCUGCUCAUCAAUUUCUCUCUAGGGUUCAACUCCAGUCCCAAUUUUUUUAAAGGGAGAGAGACUGAAAAAGGCAUUUAACAUUCAAUUUCGUUCUCCAUUUUAGAGAGAGGGGGAAAGAUAGAGAUGUCAAGCCAGUUUGAUGGAUCAUCACUCUUUGGAGGGGGAGGCUUCAUGCCAUUCGAGUCCACUCAAUCCACACAACAUUCUCCCUCUUCAUCCAGGGGUCGCGGGGUUAGCGCUUUGCUUCCUUGCACAGUGAAGCAGUUAAGUCGAAUAUUUGCAGGUGAUAGUUCAAGCAUUGGCAUUGAUGCCAUUGAAUCAGACACUAUCAGGCUUGUUGGAAUGGUAGUUAAGAAAGACGAAAGGGUCACAGAUGUGCAAUUCGCUCUGGAUGAUGGCACUGGAAAGAUAGAUGUACAUAGAUGGAUCAAUGAUGCUGCAGUAAAGAGAUGGAAGUGGUGCAGAAUGGAAAAUAUAUCCGUGUCAUUUGUCAACUUAAAAGUUUUCAAGCUAAAAGGCAUGCGGAAGCUUUAUCUGUCAGGCCUGUUACAGACUUCAACGAAGUUACAUGCCACUUCUUGGAGUGCUGUUAUGUACAUAUGCACAACACUAGGCAUCUGGGUGGGUCUUCUCAGCCGCAAACAAGCUCAGUGAACAUAGCUCAUGGAAAUGGACCCCUUGGACAUGGUACUCCUAUCCAAGCCCAAUUUAGUGGACGCUCAGCCCCAGUUGGAUCUGAUGAAGAUAUUUGCAACAGGGUUAGGAUUGUCUUCAUGGACCCUGCAGCCCUUGAAAAUGACGGACUACAUGUGGAUGAAGCUGCACGUAGACUACCUGGCAUACCUAAAGAAAGAAUAUUGAAGGUGAUUGGCUUCUUGGCAGAUGAGGGAGAAAUCUAUUCGACCAUCAAUGAAUCAGUUUACAGGUCUGCUGUCAAUGGGUGAUGUGCAGAGACCGACACCAUAUUUGGAAGUACAAAGCAUAGGAAAUGUUGUAUAAAUUGAUAUUUAGUGGAAUAGUAACUUCUCUCUUCCGAGCUUCCAUAUCCUUGAGAAGACUGGUCUUGAUUAAUGCAUUAGGACAGAAAUGCUUCUGCUUUUGGGA